ACCCUGAGCGGGGGGCUCCGCGCCCCGGACCCGCGGGAGCGCCCGGCGCGCUGCAGUUGGCGGCCCGUCUCCGCAGGGGCGCCGCGGCGCGCAGCCUGCGCCUCUGCCGACCUGCAGUCCCUAGGGCCUCCCGACGCUGCCCGGCGGAUAAACCGCGCGUCCUCGGCCUCCACAGGUCCUUCGGCUCUCGGGCCCCCGCCCCGCGUCCCCGCGCCCCUCUCCGCCCCUUCCCCCUCGUCGUCCGCCCGCGCUCCCCUCCCCCGGCUCUCCGGCCUCCCAUUCAUUCCGUUCGCUCCCUCCCCUCUCCUCCUUCCUGCCGGGGCCCUCUCCCCAGGAGCCUCCCCGUGCGGACCCCUUUGCAGUCUCGGGGUUCGUAGCACAUUCAUGGAAGUUUAGGGUCUGGACGGUUGCCCACAAGUCCGGCCAGAGAGCGCAGCCCAAGCUGCUGGCCGGGAAGAGGAAGAUGUCUGUGCUCAGGCGGAUGAUACGGGUCUCCAAUCGCUCCCUCCUCGCCUUCAUCUUCUUCUUCUCCCUCUCCUCAUCUUGUCUCUACUUCAUCUAUGUGGCUCCGGGCAUCGCCAACACAUACCUCUUUAUGGUACAAGCUCGAGGAAUAAUGUUGAGAGAAAAUGUGAAAACAAUAGGACAUAUGAUCAGGCUUUACACAAACAAAAACGCUACACUCAACGGUACAGAUUAUCCUGAAGGCAGUAAUUCAAGUGAUUGUCUUCUUCAAACAACAACAUAUCUUCCGGAAAACUUCACAUAUUCACCAUACCUCCCCUGCCCAGAAAAACUACCUUACAUGAGGGGAUUCCUCAAUGUCAAUGUCAGUGAAGUCAGUUUUGAUGAAAUUCAUCAACUCUUCUCCAAGGAUUUAGAUAUUGAGCCAGGAGGUCACUGGAGACCUAAAGACUGUAAACCCAGAUGGAAGGUGGCAGUUCUCAUUCCUUUCCGUAAUCGCCAUGAACAUCUUCCGAUUUUUUUCUUGCAUCUGAUUCCAAUGCUCCAAAAACAGCGCCUGGAAUUUGCCUUUUAUGUCAUUGAACAGACCGGCACCCAACCUUUUAACCGGGCCAUGCUCUUCAAUGUGGGCUUCAAAGAGGCCAUGAAAGAUAGUGUCUGGGACUGCAUCAUCUUCCAUGAUGUGGAUCAUCUUCCUGAAAACGACCGGAACUACUAUGGAUGUGGAGAAAUGCCACGCCAUUUUGCAGCCAAGCUGGAUAAAUACAUGUAUAUUCUUCCAUAUAAAGAGUUUUUCGGUGGUGUAAGUGGACUGACAGUGGAACAAUUCAGAAAGAUCAAUGGUUUUCCUAAUGCCUUCUGGGGAUGGGGAGGAGAAGAUGAUGACCUUUGGAACAGAGUGCACUAUGCUGGAUAUAAUGUAACAAGACCAGAGGGGGACUUGGGGAAAUACAAAUCUAUUCCUCAUCAUCACCGGGGUGAAGUCCAGUUUUUAGGACGGUAUAAAUUGCUAAGGUAUUCAAAAGAGCGUCAGUACAUCGAUGGGCUGAACAACUUAAUAUACAUGCCAAAAAUACUGGUUGAUAGGUUGUAUACAAAUAUAUCUGUAAACCUCAUGCCAGACUUAGCUCCAAUUGAAGACUAUUAGAACAAGUCGCUCUCCUGGCAAGAAGGACCACAAUGCUGGAUCAUAAACUUGGAGUGCAUGCUUCAUGGAGGUCAGCGAAUGGAUGUGUCCUAGUGCCCUGUUCUGUAAGAAGAGCCGGCAUCCUCAGUGUUCACAGUGUGGGAUUGUACAGUCAGCCCUUCCUCCCAUCUUCCGCGCUGAGACACACCCCUGUGGUGAGCACUGCAGAAACCAAAUGCCAUUGCUGAAGACUGGACGUUAAGAGAGCACCCUACAAAGAAAAAAUUUUUUAUACUGAAAAUAUAUAAUUUAAUUCAAGAGAAUGCUUUAUUUCUGUUUAAACAUAUUUUGUACAUAUGUGAUGUAAAUUAAUGGGUUCAAAUUGUUGAAAAAUUAAGCUGUGUUGCAGUUUUGCAUGUAAUUGGUUAUGCCUUUAUUGGACUUUUAUAGACUUUUUUAUUUGCAUGGGAAAAAACAAUGUAAAUUUAUGUUACUAAACAAAGGUUAACCCUUGUGUGAAAUGAAAGAACUGUCAAUAAUUGACAGUCAACUAAUACAGUAAACUGUUAUACUAGUUUUGAGCUUUAGACCUUCAGCCUUCUGUGUGGAAGAAGUCACAGCUUUCUUAUGGUCUUUAAAGGGUAAGAAGAAAGGGCUUAAAUAGCUUUUCUUCCUACCAGCAUUACCUGUAUUUUUCCUUGCUUGCAAUCUCAUCAGAUUUGCUAAAUCACAACCAUAUUGUUUAUGCAUAUUGCAUGAGUAUUACCAAGAAAAUCUUAAAAGUUGUGAUGUGACAUGAUAUAAAGGACCUCUUUUUGUUAAAUGUCUUUCAUGUACCUCUUGUGUGUCAGGGAUUUUGUGCCUCAAAAAAUGUUCCCAGGUUGUGUGUGUUUGUACACUGUUUUUUGUUUGCUUGUUUUGUUUUGUUUUUUAGUUCAUAGUGAACAGCACUUUUAUUAUUUCCAGUUCAGAAGAGCCAAAA